AGGUUUGACAUUUCUUCUUAAAAAUGGUUUCCCAAGGACUCCAGAUGAUGGGCAUAAUCACAGGCAUGUUGGGUUGGCUGGGGGUCAUUGUCGUGUGUGCCUUGCCCCAGUGGAAGGUGUCGGCAUUCAUCGGAGCCAAUAUAGUCACAGCACAGAUCAUCUGGGAAGGCAUGUGGAUGAACUGUGUGGUACAGAGCACUGGACAAAUGCAGUGUAAAGUGUACGACUCCAUGCUGGCACUCAGCUCUGACCUUCAGGCAGGCCGGGCCAUGAUCAUCAUCUCCAUUUUGACUGGACUCUUUGGAAUCGUCGUUUCUGUGGCUGGAGGAAAGUGCACCAACUGUAUCGAGGACUCAGGAUCCAAAGCAAAGGCAUGCAUCGUUGCAGGCAUUCUCUUCAUUGUCUCUGGACUCCUUUGUUUGAUCCCAGUGUCAUGGUCGGCGAACACGAUCAUACAGAACUUCUAUAAUCCGUUAAUGGGGGAAGCUCAGCGGAGGGAGUUGGGUGCAGCGCUGUAUGUCGGCUGGGGAUCUGCUGGGCUGCUGUUACUGGCUGGAGGAAUACUCUGUUGGAACUGCCCACCAAAGCAUGAGCGCAUCUACAACCCCAAGUUCUCUGCAGUGAGGUCCAGUUCUACACCGAGAGAAUUCGUCUGAGAGAAAAAAAAACAUGUGAAUGAGCUUAAAUCAAAUUACUUAGUGUAAUUCAGCAACUUUAUGUAAAUCAACAAUUUAUCUGUAGAAUUAUUAGUGACAUUUUUUUUACAUUUAAUAGUGCAACAUAUAUAAUCUUCCUAUUUACAUAGAAUUAUGAAAACUUUUAUUUUGAAGAGAUUAAAUAUGUUUUCUAUAUAUAUAUAUAUAUAUAUAUAUAUAUAUAUAUAAAACAGUGAAAGUUUUGAAAAAGUGCAAGUAUGGUGGUAUUCAAAAUAUAGAUUUUUUUUGUACUUGUGUUCAAAAUAAGAACACACAUAUUGUAUUAUUCUGUAAUUUUUUAUUGCAUUGUGUGUUUUUUUGUUGUUGUUUUUUUUUUUCAUAAAGCAUUGGCAUCAAUAUAACAUUACCAUCACAUCCAAAGACUGUGGUGUAAGGUAUCAGUCAAUGGAGAAAUCACUUGUCCAUCCAAGUUUAAAAACUCUUGGGCAACAGUGCAUGCCUAUUAUACUUCAUAAUGUCCACAGUAAGAAGGAAAAAACAAGAUUUAUGUUUGAGAUGUGAAGAGAAGAGAGAAGAUACCUGAAGAGAAUAUACACUAAAAUAUUUGGUUCAGACCAGUGUACUUUUCACAACCACUGAUUUAGAGAUAUCGUAACACAGAGCACGUUUACAUGCACACCAAUAUGCUGAUUACUCCUAAAAAAUCAUCUUAUAUUUAAAAAAUACAACAGAGUAGGAAAUCUGUGUUUACAUGACAUUUGAAAUAAUCAAGUUAUUUUAUGCAUUUGAAAUAAAACUACGAAGAGGCAGGCACACAACAUGUGCGUACAUUGGUUAAGCCAGUUAGAAUGGCAGUUAAGGUGCCGCGUUAAGGCCCGGUUACAUGCAACUUGAAAACGGAGUACUGGGCCAAAAUCUACCAGUGUCGAAUGGUUUAUUUUUACGCAGUUUAUGACCUUACACCGAAUAAGGAAUGCCAUUUAAUGCUUUUACAUGACCACACACAUAGUUGGCUUAUUAAACAUAAUCGGUGUAUGAACAUAUAUGUAAACACGCUCACAGUUUCAUGACAAUUCGUGAGAAUAGUACAAGAUUGUGAAAAAGUACAAUAUCGUACGACUUGCCUUGUACGAAAAUGAUCCUCAAACACAAUUUCAAAUCGAUACAGUACACCUCAAAUUUUUGUUAACCUCCUAUCCAACACUUUCUUUUAAUAGAGGACACGUCUAUGAUCACAUUUUGUUACUCAUUGUGCAAUUAAAAAAAAUGGUUUGUGAAUAACCUGUAAUACACCUCCCUAGUCUCCUUCCAAACCACCAUGUUUUCUUCUGUGGUACACAAUGAUGAUUUUACUCUUAAAAUCAUGGUUAAGUUAAGGUUUUGGGUACUUUAUUACACUUUAAUGGUUUGGUUAGGUUUAGGUUCGGGGUUAAACUUAUGGGAAAAUUAUCAGAAUACUGUUUCAAAACCCAGCUGUUUCUCUUCCUUCAGUUCUACACAACAGUACAAGUCAGGUUUUGUAUGAGCCAACUCGUACAAUUUCUUCAAAUUUGUAAUAAUGAGAUAACAUCAAACCCAAUCUCAUGACAAGUAUUGAUAUUAAUCAGUUUAUGGGUUCAGAGCUUGUGAGGGUAGUUUUUUUAUUUCAGUGAUGGUCUUUUGGCACUGGAAACUUGUGGAAUGUUGUGUAAUCAUUAAUGAGUCGAGAUUAUGAAUAAAUGCUCUGUUAAAGGAAUAGUUCACCCAAAAAUGGAAAUUCUCUCAUCAUUUACUCACCCUUACACCAUCCCAGAUGUGUAUGACUUUCUUUC